GACUUUUCAAUUGUUUUACUUAUACGUUCAAAACACACUUGACUCCCGUUUGCAUGAUACGUGACAUAAAUGUAACUAGUGUAAAUACAGUUUUGGGCACAUUCAGGUGUUUUCCAUUUCCAGAGAAUGAAAAAACGAAAAGCGACCUCCGCAGAGAGUUGAGAACACUUGUAGACGCUUUACAUGGAGUUGAACGAGUGAGCUCUGCCAGCCAAGCGAAAAAACUGGCUUCGUACCUUGAUGAAGUUCUCAAGACCCUUCCCGGACCUAUCACAGUGCAAAAACUGAGCCGAAUCGAAGAAAAAUCAUUCAACAGUGAAGUGUUGGAAGUGUUUGUGCAGUGUCUAAGCAGUGUAGUGCGUGUUUUGAUAUCAUCCUGGCCGCUUUUCAACAAUGAAAUCACAAGCCUGUUCACCGUUGAAGAAAGUUUUGAGGUUAGUCAAGAAACGCUUGCCGUUAUGUGCGGGUUUUUGAGAAAUGAAACUAAUGAGGUCACUCUAAACGCUUUGGCGUCAAUUUUGACAGACUAUGUCAAAAGUGAUGCAGUUUUGACCGCUAUCAUUGACUGUAGUAGUGUCAAAUUUGAUGACGUGAGUGAGCAGUAUAAGCAGCAAAAUGAAUGGGAGAGCUAUGUUCAACUGCUGGUGACAUUACCAGAAAGAAUUGCUAACAAAUUAGAAAAAAAUACACCCAAGAAUUUCUCACAUGAAAACUAUUCAUACAAUUUGAUCUUUCACAUAAUUAGGAGCAUGGAUUAUAUGGCUGAGUCAAGUUACGCACAAAAUAUACAGUAUGACAUUUCAUACUUGUCGUUUUUGGUGUCGAAAGUGAUAAUUAAUUAUAACAUGAGUGGUAAUUCGGACGCCAUAUUUAAAUUCAUAGACACACUUAUCGCUUGGUCGACCAAUGAAACUGAUACUAUGUUUAUCAGGCGAAAACUUAUACAAAAAGUUUUCUUUCAUUUAAACAGACAAGCCAUAGAUUUCAUUUCACUAACAUUGCUACAUCGAUCACCCAUAGACUACGCAAAAACUGAACAAGCAAUUUUACAUGUGCUUGGAGACAAUUUCGAUCAGAAUAAAGACUGGAAGGAAAUUCUAACAUAUAGAAUACCUUUAUACAUUCAGCCGAAAGACCACAAAGAUACCACUAUACCAGAAAACUUGAUAUACUAUCUAUCUACUACAAAAGAUAGCAAAGUUUUGACUGAAUUAGUUUUGAAAUUAAGUAGAGUCUGGUCUGAUGUGAAACAUACGAACGUAACUAACAUAACACAUCAUAUGUACACUUCACAAUUACUGAUUCUCGCUAUCAAAUAUUGUGUUAUUAUUCAUAUCGAGAAUAAAGAAAACUGGUCGUUAAAUGAAUUAAAAACAGUCCUUUAUAAAGGCAUGUCGAAACAUCUUGAUGUUAUGUCACAGGAAUUUAGGUGUAUUGGUAUGGCCACUAUUGAGAUUAUAUUGAAAUUAUUAGCAGAAUUAGAUGACACUGACAAAGCUGCAGAAAAACUAAGCUUUGAUUAUAAAGAAAUGGGACCAAGUUGCAUUGAAAUACAUAAUCAGCUCAAAGAAUUAACGCAUAAAUGCAUAAUAGACGCAAAGCGAAAGAUACUAAAAGAUUUCAAACCGAAAACCAUAGAUUUGAAAGGAAUUCUCGAUCUAAUCGCUAUGAAAGUGAUAGAUGAACACCAUAGACCCGUCCAUAAUAACACUAUAAUGACCUGUGCUGUCAAAAGCCCGGAGCAAACUAAAGAAAUCGUCAAAACUAUUAUUUCAGUCAAACUUGACGCUCUAGAUAAAAGCAAGACUUUGUCAGAGGAUUUAGACUCAGAUGACGAUCUGCAACCUUACGAUAUGUCAAACGACAUCGCGAUCGCUGAUAAAAAUAGACCAGCAUAUGUCAGAGACUUAAUAGAGCUUAUAAGUGAAGCUAAAGAUGCAGAAAUAUUCGAAACAGCAGUGGAAUCGGCUGAAGAAUUAAUCACUAAACAGCUCAAAAACGAAGAUCAUAAAUUGGCCACAGAAUUACUAGAUCUCUUCAUACAUUUGGAUGCUAAAUUCCAUGUAGACGAUUUUGAUAACAUCAAAUUUAACACAGCAGUCGCUAUACUGUGUAGUCAUCCUACAGUUUGCGCAGAGCAUAUUUGCAAAGAGAUCCAUACAGACGUCGGAAGAUACUCUAUUGCGACUAAAAUCUUCAUGUUAGACGUAUUUUCUGAAGCGGCCAAUAGAAUUGCCGAUGUCAGACCUCAAAACGAACCAAAACUAGUCAAACCUGAUGUUGUAAACCAAGAAGAAGAAAAUGUUUCAGCAGAGGAAAUUAUACGACGCAGGCUUAUACAGAAAACUAGAUAUUUCCACUCAAAACGACCACAUCCUUUUGCUAAAGCUAAAAAGAACCAAUUCGCAGCGGUUGCUGAUAGUUUCUUCUAUCCAUUAGUUGGCGGAUUUGGUAUAAGACAGCUAUCGCUAAGCCAUCAGAACCAAAAGCAAGAUAUUGACAACAUUCUACUGUUCAAAUACUUAUCGGUGAUCGGGAAUAUAAUUCUAGCAUCAAAAAACUGUCCGAAAUGCCCGAGCUAUUGCUGGGACGUUGUCCAAAUGGUCCUAUAUCUCCGAUACACACCGGACCCAAAAAUACAAUCUUGCGUUAUAGCUAUGUUAGCUAGUGUUAUCAUAGCUUUACCGCGAUCUAUACUGCGGAGCGAAUUCGCAAAACCCAUGACAGAGCUUCGCGCUUGGUUAGAAGAUAUGAUAAGAUUAGAUAUAACAUCAAGAUUGAAUAGUCCUGCAUCGGAAACUGCGAUUUUCGCCGCUCAAGUUAUUUCUUUACUGGAGAAUAACUUAGGUGAUGUAGGGUUGUUUGAGGAUUAGAAUUUGUGUACGGCUUGGCCUGAGACGGUAGAGGAUAAGUGCAAGCAGUGCUCGAAGUUGCUCUGCAAUCACGAGGUGUUCUGGACGAAUGAUAUGACGAUAUCGUCGUAUUCGCGCAAUGUGCGUAAGUAAAUUCGUCCGGUGGGGUUUUUUGAGACAAAACAACGGUAUUUUACUUAACCUUGGGCAUUUUAAAAUUUGACUUGUACUUUAAAG